AUGGCGGAGCAGAGACAUGCGGGUGAUGGAUCACAGGUACAUGGACCUAAUGAUGCCACAAGUCACCAGUUGGGAAGGAUGAUCAUGGAAAGACUGCUAUCCAAACUGCAGGAUACAAUGAGUCGCCUACCCCUAGAUUUAGAUUAUUUGCAGUUUUUAUGCGGUCAUGAGCUUCUCUUCAUUUCAUCAGUCUAUGAUCAAAUUUCAGUCCCAGAGGAACUCCUUGGCGAACUGUCAACCUUGAAAAACAUAGUGGAUAGGCAUAUUGACAAUAACAAUGAACCUAUUACUGCCCUUGAAGUGGAAUUUGGAGUUAGGGGGCCCCCAAAGUUUAUCAUCUCCAGAGAACAUCUUCAGUACCUAGUUAAUAUGCAGCUAUCUGUUACAUGUAUUGCCGAGCUUCUUGGUGUGUCAACAAGGACAAUCAAACGUCGCCUCACUGAGUAUGGCAUUUCUCUAAAGGACACCUACAGUAAAAUCACAGAUGAAGAACUUGACAUCCUAGUGAGAUCAAUCAAAGCUAAAAGUCCACACCUAGGCCAUAGAAUGGUGAAGGGACACUUACAAGCCUUGGGUCAUCGUGUGCCAUGGACAAGAGUUUGGGAUUCCAUGCAUCGAGUGGACUCUGCUGGAAUACUAGCAAGAAUUACACAAUUGAGAUGUGUAGUCAGAAGGACUUAUUCCGUCAAGGGCCCUCUUCAUCUUGUUCACGUAGACACAAACCAUAAGCUGAUAAGAUAUGGCCUUGUGAUAUUCGGUGCCAUUGAUGGGUACUCCAGAAAGAUCAUGUACCUUGGAGCUGCAACUGAUAACAAGGCAUCCACUGGCCUCGGUUUUUUCCUUCAGUCGGUGGAGAGACAUGGAUUUCCAUUGAGAGUUCGAGGAGACCAAGGCGUUGAGAAUGUAGAGAUUGCCAGAUGUAUGUUUUCUGUGCGAGGUUGUGGCAGGGGAAGCUACAUCUCAGGAAAAAGCGUGCAUAACCAGCGCAUUGAGCGCCUUUGGCGUGACAUAUGGAUGGCAGUUACAAACAUCUAUUAUGAUGUUUUGCACAGCCUUGAAGAGGAAGGAUUUCUAGAGCCAACCAACAGCCUUCACCUCUUUUGUUGUCACUUUGUGUUUCUGCCUCGUCUCCAGGCCAGCCUCGACUCCUUUACCAGCGGGUGGAAUAACCAUCCUCUCCGCACAGAGCGUAAUCGAAGCCCAGACCAGUUGUGGGAAAUUGGACUCCUGCAAAACCCUGUCACUCCUCCUCCAGUCCUAUCUGAGAUUGCACAAGGCGACGAUUCUGACUGGGACACAGACAGUAUCUCUGACCAGCCGUGGACAGGAAUUGUAGUUCCUCCAGUCGAAUGCCCCUUAACUGAAGAACUUAAGGCCCAAAUUCAAACUUUUUUUAACCCAACCUCACACUCUCAAAACUAUGGAAGAGACAAGUAUUUAGAAGUUUUAAAUUUUGUGCUGCUUCAUUCUUAAUUGACACUAAAUCAAUCAUUGAAGUGACCAAAUGAUCCAUUUAGAAGCAAAUUAACAUCCAAUUCAAUAAAAAACAAACUUAAGUUGA